ACGCAUUACGGAAUAUACUUGACUUUAGACUUGAUAAAUCGAUUCAUUGCUCAGGAGACUGUUGACGGUUUGAGUACACAGCACAACUAUAUGCACAGCUCAGAUCAUUUGGUGUCAAAACAUUUGAUGAGAAACGUUUGAGUUCAUACUGUAUCACGGAAAUGUCUGGCUUUUGUUUGGAGACGUUUGUAAAAUCAGAGACAUUUGAGAUGUCAAAUUGUAAAGUGUUUCAGUUCACUUUUCAUUUAUUCUCCUAGUCAUUACAGUCUAGAAGAAACACUUGGGGGGUUUCUGCGCAGUGAUAUGCAAUAAUAGUCAAAAGUGAAAGACUUUCUGCACCACGAAUACGGACUCAAAAUGAGAAAAUAUAUUUUGAAAGAGAUUUAUAACUUGGUGUGUUAGAGAUCUGAUGAGGAGGGGUGUGAGUGGGCUGGCCGUUCAUUCACGUAAGAGUGAGACAUGCAAAAGAAGUCUCUAUUGUAGAUAUUGUAUUUUGAGGAAAUCACCAGAAUCAAGACAGCGCGAUGCAUCAGGAGAUUAUGCAGGAGGACUUGAACUUUAGCCAUUAUUACAUGGACUACAUAUACGAUGGCCAUUUGAUCACAUUAGAGGAUCAUCUGACUCAUGGCCCUGUGAUCUGUGCUGUAUGCUACAUCAUCAUCAUCUGCAUCAGUCUACCAGGAAACUGUUUCUUGCUGUGGGUCCUGAACAAGGAGGGUUUGAAGAGCUCCGCCGACUGGUUCCUUCUCCAUCUCACAGCAUCUGACCUCAUCUUCUCCCUCAUGUUGAUCCCCUGGACCAUCGAUACCAUCUGUGGCUGGGUCUUUGGCGAGCUGGGCUGCAAACUAUUCAACUGGGGCAUCUUCCUGGGUCUGUACAGUUACAUGACGUUCCUCACGGUCACGACGGUCCAUCGCUACGUGGUGAUCGUGCAUCCGGUGUUCGCUACAUCCGCUGGGAAUCGUUUCAGACUUUACACGCACGUCUCAUCCUCCAUGGCGUGGCUGAUCUCCAUAGGCUUCAGUCUGCCCGAAGCCUUCUACUCUGCAAUUGUAGACAACCCUGACACGGUCUUGUGUGUUCUCAGAUAUGACUCCGCAUUCACAGAGACACUUGGAUAUUUCCUUCAGAUAAUUCUCUUUUUCAUGCUGCCGUUCAUGGUUAUUGCGUUCUGUUACGCCCGGAUGGGGUUUACCAUUCAUAAGAGCCACAUGGCGAGCAGAAACAGACAUAACGCUGCGUGUAUCAUUUUCUGUGUUGUCGUGGGCUUUUUUCUCUGCUGGGCACCGUACAACAUCUUCCUCUUUCUAGUCGUCUUGAAGAGUUUACAUGUCCCUGGAAUGAUGGCCUGGGAGACCUCGGAGAUGGUGUACGUCAUCAGUCACAUUUUAGCAUUCAGCCACUGCUGUCUGAAUCCUCUCAUUCACAUCUUAGGAGGAAAGAAGUUCAGGAGAUAUCUCUCAUGGUCCUCACGGAGGUACAGAAGACAUACUUUCAGCACCCAGAGCAGCUUCUCAGGGCAAACACAUCUCUGAGCUUCUGGACACAUGAAAACGCAGAAAAUAUGGGUCAAAUAAGAAUAUAUGAGAUAGUCAUUGUAAAAUCAAAUUUAAGACGCACGUGCCUUUGUAAAAUAGGCUAAACAAAACUUUGCAAAAGCCAAACUAGAAGCAACUUUUGGAGAAUAACAAAAGUUUUUAAAGUGUAUCUACUGUAUGUGUUGAAGAAGAUUACGUUGAAUUAAAAAAAAGUGUUUCGCAUCAGUGUUGUGCUGUGUCACCAAAUAUUAAAGAGGAACAAAGACAAAAAAAGCGGAUGUAAAACUCAGUAUGUUGUGUAAAGCUACAGAAAAAAAACGGUUUAUCUGUGCUGUUGCUGUGAAGAACCCGUUUGGAACCUUCAUUUUUUAAGAACGUACGCAGAAGUUGCUAAAGAAUGGAUGGGUAGUUUAUGCUUUUAUCCAGUAGAGGGCAGUGGUGGUCAAGCAGUGGGAAAUACAGCCGCCGAAAAAAUGAAGAGACCAUUUUUAGUUUUACUAUUUAUAGUGUUUAGGUAAAAUGAUUAUUUUGUUUCAUUCUGUGUUCUACUAAGCAUAUUUCCACCACAUGUCAAAUUAGAAUAUUGUUUCUAUUUGCAUUUAUUUGCAGAAACUAAAAACUGGAGAAGGGUGAAAAUAACAGAAAUGAUGCUCUGGAUUUUUUCAGACCUCAAAUACAGCAAAGAAAAUACGUUCAUAUUCACUUUUAAGCAAUACAACAGUAAUGUUUGUACACUUAUUUAGGAAAAGUUCAAUAAAGUCUUGUCAUGCUGUCACUCCUGAAGUUUGAUUGGGUUGAAAUUCAACAGACCCUGGACUGAAAUGUCCACGAUACAUUUAGAAAUGUAACUAUUUUUGGAAUGGUCUUUAAUUUGUAAUUUGCAAAACACAACAAGUCCAUUUAGAUUCUGGAGAAUAAAUGAACAAUUUAUUGGAAAGUCAUUUUGUUUCUCCACAUUUUUAAAUGUCCAUUCUAAAGACCUAAACAAACAAUUACAAAAUCAAUUUAGGCAUCAAUGGUAGAGCAAAACACUUACUGUAUGUCCAACAACAGAUUAUACUGUGUAUUGUAUUGCUGUACUUGAUUAAAUAAAUGUAGAUAUAUUUAGAUGACCAUCAAUUGACUGAAAAAAA